UAGAUAAAUGUUCGUCGUUUGAAAUUAUUUUUCGUGAAACCUUUGGACCUCAAAUUCAUGCUUUGCAGAAGUCCCAAAUCAUCGUGCCGGAAAUGUGGUGCCCUAGCACUCUGUCGUUGCGGUGCUUUUCAUUUCUAAAACCAUACCCGUCGUCGUACCGAAACUCCAAUUAUCGUAAAACGACCACCGCCACCAUUCCCAUCGCCGGCUGUUGUCUAAAUUCUCUGAUGGAAACUGCCAAAACGACCACAGAUGAAUUCAACGUCGGUAUCUUCUCCUAUGUCUCUCAACUUCCUGGCUUUCACGCCAUUCUCAAGCAAAGGUAUUCGGAUUUUAUAGUGAACGAAGUUGAUAAGGAUGGAAUUGUAGUUCAUUUGACCUCUCUGGAAGUUCCUCCACAGAUUGUGGAGGCCAUACAGGAGGGAGAGAAGGAGAUAUUGAAUCAAAUUGGGAAAAGUUACACCGUUGAAAUCGAAUUGUUCAGGUCACUUGCAGGUGAUUCUGAUGCGGAGCGCUUAGAAGCCUUUAUUACUCAAGUUGCUACUCAAAGUGAAGAUAACAGUUACAUUUAUCCUAUCAUUCUUUCCCCGAAUUCUGAUAAAGCCCAUCGGACGGCAAUCCAUAAUUUCUUCAAGGAGAAGUUCAAGUUCCUUGUUACUGAUACAGUUGAUGGACCUGAUGCUUCACGGAAAUGCAUUCGUGUGAGAUUGAAGUCUGGAGUACAUAGCAAUAGAGUAAGAAAUUUCAAGAAACUUAAGGACAGAGGUGAUCAGCCCUUUGAUAGCCGAGGUUCAAAUAAUUGGCCACAGCACCUUGGCAAGUUUCUUAGGUUUCACCUUUACAAGGAGAAUAAAGAUACACACGAAGCCAUAGGAUUAAUAGGAAAGAUGCUUGGCAUUCAGCCACGAUCUUUUGGGUUUGCGGGUACAAAGGAUAAGCGCUCUGUAUCGACACAAAGGGUUACUGUUUUCAAGCAGCAUGCUAGUAGACUAGCAGCUCUUAAUGACAGAUUGAUUGGUAUCAGAGUAGGUAACUUCUGCCAUGUCACUGAAAAACUUCUCCUUGGGCAGCUCUUAGGUAAUCGAUUCACCAUCACAUUACAAGGAGUUGUUGCAGAUUCUGAAGAUACCAUCAAAAUGUCUGCAGAUUCAUUAGGAAAACGUGGGUUCAUCAAUUACUUUGGUUUACAACGUUUUGGUAUUGGUUACAUGCCAACACAUCUCAUUGGUGCUGCAUUACUUCGAGGAGAGUGGAAAAGUGCUGUAAGCAUGAUCCUUGAUCCAAGAGAAGGGGAAAGAGAUGUGGUAAGGAAGGCCCGGGAAUAUUACAAGGAAAGUGGUGAUAUUGAAGGGACCCUAAGGCAACUACCUCGCAAUCUGAUUGCUGAAAGGGCCAUACUUCAGUGUAUGAAGAAAUGCCCUGGCAACUACCUGCAGGCCCUGAAAGCAAUACCUACAACUUUAAGAAUGAUGUAUGUACACAGUUAUCAAAGCUAUUUAUGGAACCAUGCAGCAAGUGUGAGAGUACAAAAAUACGGAACCGACGAAGUUGUGGUGGGGGAUUUGGUGUAUUUCAAAGGAGAUGAUACUGAAAGAGAGACAUUAGGAGUUAAUUCUGAAUGUGAAGAUGAUAGCUGUGAUGACAUGUAUGAUUGCAGUAAUUCAGAUCCAACUUCUGGAACACAUCAUCCUGAAAGGAAGAAUACUCAUGUUAAGGCAGCAACUGCAGAAGACAUCUCUCUGGGGAAUUAUACCAUUGAUGAUGUCAUCCUUCCAUUGCCAGGAUCUAGGGUGUCUUAUCCAACAAAUGACAUUGCCAAAGUUUAUCAUGAUUUGGCAAAGAAGGAUUCUAUAAACUUGGCUGAGAGUGUGCAUAGUAUCAAGGAAUUUUCAAUAACCAGCAUAACUGGAAGAUAUCGACGUGUUUUCCAGAAGCCAAUGGCCUUGGAAUGGCAUGCCUCACUUUUCUCAUCAUAUGGCUUUGUUGAUCUAGAUAUUUGGACCAAUUCUUGUUAUUUCUCUUUGUACAGGGAAUUACUCUUGUAUACCGAUGGAAGUAUACCAUUGGCGGAAAUGGAUUUGGAAAAAAUUGCUAAGGAUAAGUCUAAGCAUUUAUUCAAAGAAGAGAAAAGAGCCAAUGGAAACGAGGACAAAAACCCAUCUGAUUGCAUGAGACAACCAAUGAGCUUUCAAAAUGAUAUACAUCCAUCAACAGAUCACAAUGAGACUGAGGAUGAGAGAGGAUUAGGGAAGUCUCAAUCUAAUUCUUUUUGUGACUCUACUUCUCAGGGAGCUCAAAUGGCUCUCAAGUUAAGCUUCACUCUUCCAGCCUCAUCUUAUGCCACAAUGGCCAUACGAGAGCUGCUGAAGACAUCAACAUCUUGCUUGAGUCCCACCCAGGGUGAAUGCCAGUGUGUCAAUGUGGGUACUUGGUCAAAAUGGCAGAUAUAUGGAUCGCGCAAUUUCUAGAUUUUCGAUGUUGCACUCCACAAAAUAUAAACCAGUAAAACCAUAUAGUUGUGGUGUCCAGAACUAAAAUUAUGCUCUUUUGAGAUUGAAAACUAAUUGCAAGAGCAAACAAGGUUUGGUCUUUUUUUUUUUGGUAUAUUAAGAAUUUCAGCUUGUAGAUAAAAUUUUAAUUUAUUCAGAAAUAUUAAAUAUUUUUCCCCUGCAUUUCUUCUUAUUAGUCAGAUCCAUUUGACUGACUUGUCACAUGUACGCAUUCUUGUCUUCUUAAUACUGGGCAUAAGUUUCUAAUGCAUAUGAACUGUACCUUUUUUAUACAAUC